AAGAGAUGCCGGGCCGGCCUCUGUCCCGUCGACUAGCAAGUUUCUUGUUAGCUUACAGAAACACACCGCACGCCACAACCCUUCAGAGUCCUGCGGAGUUGCUGCUUGGGCGGCGGCUCACUACCCGUCUCGACAGACUGCGACCCUCUGCAGAGGAAACUGUUCACCGCAAGCAGGACGUGCUACAGGUGAAGCACAGUGGCAAACACCGACACUUCGUGCCGGGUGAUAAGGUGUACGUCAAGAACUUCCGGCCGGGUGAGAGGUGGUUGCACGGAGUCGUCAUGGCUAGAUCCGGACCGGUCUCCUACAGGCUUCGCGUGACCACACCGCGGGGGACCUUCGUGUGGCGGCGACACCAAGACCACCUGCGGUUGCGGGAGAGCUCUACCCCAGAGGAGGAGGAAGGUGGUUUGCUGAUACCGAGUGUCCUGCCAUCAUCGCCAACCCCAGGGCAAGGGGGACUCGUGAACGAGCUGCCUCCAGUUGGGUCACCGGUGGUAGAGGGACAAGACAUGGGAUCAACUCCAGUCUCCGGUCGUUCCCCAGCCCAGCCGCAAGAAAUUCAGCGCCGGUAUCCCGAACGGCAACGGCGUGCGCCUAAUAGGUUUUCGCCUUGAGAAGGAAGAGAAAAAGACGAGGACUUUGUGUUUUUCAGAACUGUAAUUAUUUUGUA